GGGACCUUAAAGAUCACCUCAUUCUAACCCUCCUGUCAUGGGCAGGGACAACUUCACUAGAUCAUAUCACUCAGAGCCCCAUCCAUUGAACACUGAGGGAUGGGUAUGUACCUCCCCUCUGGGCAACCCAUUUCAGUAUUUCACCACUCACAUAAUGAAAAAUGUCCUCUCCCUAUCUAGUCGGAAUCUCCUCUUCUUUAGUUAAAACCACUACUCCUUGUCCUAGUGCAGCAGGCCCUGCUAAGGAGUCAGUCCCACUUUAAAGAUACACAGCACAUCAGUCAUUUUGCAGCUGCUGUAAAAGAUUUCCUUCUCCAUCAGGGGUUAAUACAUGAGUAUCAUGUCCAGUCACAGGUCCUCAUUUUUGCAGAUCUAAGUUCAUAUUUAUGUAACAGUUUAAAAGUUGCAUUUUUAAGGUACACUCCAACUCAAACCUUUCCUUGAUUCUACUUUUGUAGUACUUGUAUGAUUUACUGGGCCUUAAUAUAAAGGUCUCCUGUUCUUGAAACAUAAAAAGGAGAAUAACAUGGGAAAUACCUGAGUUUUUUAUAUAUAAAACAAAACUCUAGACCUGUGAAUAUUUGUGCUUGAAUAAUUGGGACAUUAAUAUGCUGAGUGAAAGGGGUGAAGUUGUUACAUUUACGCAAGUAGCUGUGGCACGUGAUUACCUUGUGCAUUUGAAACUCAAUACUUUUGCAGCACUCUAACCUACAUUGUACCUCCAAUGCUCCCUUCUACCAUAAAGUAACAUAUAACUGACAAUCCUUUGCUUAAAAUAGUAGGAAUGACUUACAUUUGAGCAUGGUGCUAGUGGCCUAUCAUCUUGGUCAGCAGUAAUUAGUAUUGCUGUCAUUAGUACUGAUGUGAAUUGCUACAGUGGAAGUCAAGUCACUGGAUGGUGGUAGGGCUACUGAGUAAGAGCAAGUGUUAUUUUCCAUUGUUUCUGGACUGUUACUUUAAUCAGCUGUCUGAGAAUAAACCACCAAGUGCAACAACAAGAACACAGAACUGGGGGCUAAAGGCCUUGAAAACAAUUAAUUUGCACCUUGUACAAAAUCACUUGGGUUUAAUUUUUAAAUGUUUAAAACUGGAGACGGCUUCUUCUGAUUAGCAAGGUAGCAACUGCUGUGGAAUUCCUAAUUUCUCUCGUAAUGUCAGCAUUUCCUUCAUCCCCUUAGCUUCCUCCAACUUGAGCCGCCCCAGCAAUGUAAGAGCAGGGAUAGUGCUUUGCCACAGAAGGGAGUGGUGCAGUAAGGGAAUGCUUUACCUGAGGGGUGGGACACAGCUGGGAAACGAAGGGCAGAACCACCGCCUGGAGCAGGGACACGGGGCUCGGUUCCCGUAUGGCACAGGCGGGCGGUAAUGCCGCGAGCCGCUGGCACGGUGCCCACAGGUGCUCCAAGCAAUGCUGGGCUCGGCCCGCCCUUGCCGUGCCUCCUUCGAGCGCCAGCCCCGGCCCAGGUUCGGCUCCCUGGCCGGCAGGGCAGCACCAGGCAGGUGUCAGUGCCCGGCCCCACCCCGCAUCCCCGCCCCCCGCAUCCCGCAUCCCCGCUCAGCGCAGCCAGCAGGGAACCAGCGCGUUCCUUAGAAAAACUUUACUGAGCGCAGGGGACACCGCCACCGAGUACAAAAAGAGCCACAGACACACACACAAAGACAAGCCCGGUCCCGGGCGCGCAGGGCCGCCCUCCAGCUGCAGCCCCCGUGCCCGGCUCAGGGUGCCAGCUGAUCCAGGUCCUCCUCCCGCCGGUUGCCCAGGUGCUGCUCGAUGAUUUCGGCAAAGAGGUUCCUCUUCAGCAGGGAGUAAGCCAGGGGUAGCAGCUGGCCCACGGUCUUGUGGAAGUACUGCAAGAGAGAAGGGAAAACUAGAGCCAUCCUCGG